AUGGCAUUGCCCUCUAACUCCUUCACCUGGAUAACAGCUCUAAAAAGACUGGCAAGAAGCUCCACUACGCAGGAAACAACUUCAUCAAAUGCUAGAAACAGUGGAAACGAACCAGCGGGAGCUUUAAAAAGCCGCAAAAGACCAUUGUCUCGAACAUCCAAAGAAGGGAAUUCAGUUUCAUGCAGAAUACCAAACAAUGUGCAAAGACUACCGUCUGUUAGCAGUGAAAAUCUUUCAACUCAUAGCAGAACCAAAGCAAAGUCUGCCACUGUAUCUUCUCCCUUCGUCUUCAGAAGUGAUGAAAGGGCUGAAAGGAGGAAAGAGUUCUUCAAGAAGCUAGAAGAAAAUAACAAGAUAGAGGAUGCUGUAAAAGAGAAACUCUCUUGCGGCUUCAAGGCAAAUCAAAACACUCACUUAGCAUCUGAAGAACACAAGAAGAACCCACAAGUUGGUUGUUUUCAGGUACCACUGACAAGGAUGACUUCACCAAGAUUCCGAAGGAACCAAACUUCACGGACAGUUCAAACUCCUCAUAAAGCUUCCUCAACGAAGAUCAUAAACACCAGAAAAGCAGUCGUAGAGAAGCUCAAAAGCUCCAAGAUUCAUCCCUCCUCCAAAUCGCUGACAAAGAUCAAAACUCAAGAAAACUUGUCUCCCAGUAUCCUGUAGCACUAAGGUACAUACAUCAGAGACAAACCCAGUUAACCAUUUCUUCAACAGCUGAUAUGAAGCACACUUGAAGAUAAUAGUAGAGAUUCGACUAUUCACGUUGAAGAUUUCGAAACUUUUUUCCUUUCAGCUCGUAAUCUCAUCUC